UCGACUGCAAUAUUGAAAACGCCAUAAAGUUCAUCAGCGAAACCUUAAAAAACACACGAAGUAUAACUUUAAGAAGAGCACAACAACUCGGGAGCAACAUGGCCUCGUAGCCAAGCCCCCGUGCAUAUAUUUUAUAAAAAGUUAUUUAUAAAAUAUAAAGAUAAAUAAAUAAAGCUCUUUGAAGUGUUGGCCGCAGAUAGAACGUAACCGUCAAUGACGAGCUUUGCCGCACCCACUCAACUAACGCUCCUACCGUUGGGCCAACCUUAUUGAGACAGCCCGUUUCCUGGGUCUACCGUUAGUUGAGUUUGGCGACAAUGAUUGAAGGAUGAACUGAAUUAGGCGGGGCUCAGUAGUGCCGCUACAAAAACAAAAACAGCGGUACCACACCAUGAUAUUUUUGUUGCCUGAAAUUGAAGCCCGUGAUGCCAGCGACAUUUGGUUUCAGCAAGUUAUUGGGCCGUAUGCAUAAAAAGUAAGCAAUUGCUUUUUCUUAAAAGUUAAUACCUUUUACCUAAAUUUAUUUAAACAAAUCGAGUAAAAGGUCUAAAAUUUUAAGUAAAAGAAUUUGCUAGGGUUUGAUGCAUUCGGCCCAUUGUGUAUUAUCACACCUCUGGAUUUUUUUCUUUGGGGUUAUGUGAAGAAAAGUCUUCAUCUAAUCCAGAUGUGAUUUAAAACUUGGAAGCCAAAUUACUAGCGUAAUUCGCGCAUUGCUGGAAAGAGCAAUUGAAAAUGGGAUCUUCCGUAUGGACCACCUACAGCGUAGUCGCGGCAACAUUUAAAUGAAAUUAAAAAAAAAAUAACUGCCAGAGACUGUUCUUUUGGGUAUUAAUAAAGACUCCGACAUCCAGUUCUGUUUUAUUUAUAAUUUAAAGAAAAGGUCUAGAUGGAUCACCCUACAUGUAUGAUCGCUAUUUGUUUUGUGGUGUAUUCACAAUAAAUGUUUGUCAAAUAUACUUCAUUUGUAAACAAACAAAUUUAAUUUAGUCGUUUUUACGGGGGUUUCUUCGAUUCGUGGUUAAAAAUUUUGCAGCCUUUGUAUACUUUGGACAAUUCCUUUAUCUGACCAGGCAUUAGUCAUACCCUUUGUCAGUUCACACAACAAAAGUCAACCUGUUAAAAUAUCUAAUAAGCGAGUCUGAAACGCAAAAAUAUAUUGGCGAUAAUUGAAGAGUAAAAUACAUAUAUGGACGUGCGUCAUGUCAUGCAAUAUUAUUAAGAAAUAAUGGAUGACGAGGUUGUAAUGUACUGGAAUUGGACGGAAUUUUGUUCCACUGGGGUACGGCCAUUCGCCGGCGAUUCCAAUGAUUUACUACCAUGUUUUCAAGAGAUUGUGUUGCAAAUUCCAAUUUAUGCAAUUUUUGCAACAAUCUCGGCCUAUAAGUUUGGAUCAUAUACACGUAGUGUAUUGCGAGAUGUAUUGCAAUUGAGACUGCUUUAUUUGCGUAUUGGUGUAACAAUUGUGCUGGCGCAGCUUCCUAUCUGGAAAAUAUUCGUUUUUCAUCAUACAGGAGUAAAAUUGUAUCCGGUCGAUGUAUUGGUCGUAGCUGCAGAAUGUUUGAUGUGGGCCGUACAUGUGGGGUAUCUUCUAUCAAAACGACGCUUUGGCGGUCUAAGUCAUCGCAGUUCACUGUGCAUGAAUGUUGCUUGGUUGGCAGUAGUUGUCUUGGAUAUGGUGUGGUUGCGCACUAGCAUCAAUUAUGAUUGGUGGCCGUGGAGCUUAGUAACUGUGAUUUUUGAUCUCAUUUACGGGCUAACUUUAAUUCCAACUGGAAAUGCAGUAUUGGCCACAACCCGUUAUCCAUCAGCCAGGGAAGAUGAGUCACUGCUCGCCAACCGCUACACUUACUUCCAUUUCGAUAUGAAUGAAACACAUCUCGGUCAUGCCCAAGACGAAGCCAGUUAUCCCUCAUGCUUCAUUUUUAGCUGGGUAGAUCCUUUAAUAACGAAAGGUGUUGCAGGCGGUCUUAAAAAAAUUGAAGACCUUUUUGAUUUACCGGAUGCGUUGAACAUUACACAGCUAAGCGAACGCCUCCAAGUAUGUAUUUCACAAACGAAGACAUUGUUUUGGGCGCUACACAAGGGAUUUGGACGAGAGUUUUAUUUAAUAGGCAUAUUAAGAUUUACAGCCGACAUUGCUGGUUUUGCAGGACCAUUGCUGCUAGGUGGCUUGCUGAAGCAGCAAAAUGAAAAUGAUAACGGCGAGACGAGCUGGAGUCCAUACCUCUAUGCUUUGGGACUAUGUGCGACGUCGUGGUUGUCUGCCAUAUGUAGCACACACUUCAGCUGGCGUAUGUCCAUGAUUGGCAUGAAAAUGAGAAUUGGACUUGUUAGUGCAAUCUAUCGCAAAUCCUUGGAAGCACGUGGUCUAAAGAAUUCAAAGCCAGAAAUACUCAAUCUGAUGUCUACCGAUACUGAACGAAUUGUAAAUUCAUGCAUAAGCUUCCACUCUUUUUGGAGUAUACCAUUUCAACUCUUCACUACCCUCUACUUACUCUACACACAAUUGGGCGCUGCUUUUUUAGCUGGCCUUAUAUUUGGCAUUGUGCUCAUUCCAAUAAAUCGUUUGCUUGCUCAACGUAUCGGCCAAUAUUCACGUGGUCUCAUGUCGGCCAAAGAUUUGCGUUUGGCUGCAACAAGUGAAACUAUGUGUGGCGCAAAGCAAAUCAAAUUGCAUGCUUGGGAAGAUAUAUUCAUAGAGAAAAUUCGUGCCUACCGCAAAGAAGAGGUGAAAUUCUUGAAAAAACGCAAAUACUUGGAUGCACUCUGCGUUUACUUUUGGGCUACGACACCGGUAUUGAUGUCCUUUUUAACGUUCGGAACGUCUGUGUUGAUGGGUAAUCCUUUGGUGGCGGCCUCCACGUAUACAAGUGUAGCGCUUUUAAAUAUGUUAAUUGGACCGUUAAAUGCAUUCCCUUGGGUACUAAAUGGACUAAUAGAGGCAUGGGUAUCUGUGAAACGCGUGCAGGAACUUAUUGAUCUACCUAAUCUUGAUUUCUCUUCAUACUACAAUCCGAUCAUAAAAUCUACCGGGUGUGGUACCUCGACAAAAUUGGAUGAAAAACCAACUGUACUGGAGAUGAAGUCGGCGACUUUUGAGCAUGAAAACGGCGUGAAAAAUGGCGCUGAUGAACAUCUGCAACGCAUCUUUCGUUUGGAAAACGUUAAUUUAACUGUGAAAAAGGGUGAUUUGAUAUGUUUAGAAGGUCCUGUCGGUGGCGGUAAAAGUGCAUUUAUAGAUGCUAUCGUGGCUAGCGUUAACUGCAUAUCCGGCAGUGUUUGUGUGCACGAGCUAACUUCAGGUUUCGGUUAUGUGCCGCAAACGCCUUGGCUGCAACGCGGCACUAUACGCGAUAACAUUAUUUGGGGUAAUGUAUUCGAUGAGCAAUGGUACAAAGCAGUUUUGUACGCCUGUGCGUUGAAUGAAGACUUGGAAUUAUUGGGUGGUGAUUUAAUUGGCAUAGGCGAAAACGGACGUACGCUAUCUGGGGGACAAAGAGCGCGUGUCGCGCUGGCACGAGCGGUCUAUCAGAAUAAGAAAAUUUAUUUGCUGGAUGACAUACUAGCUUCAUUGGACGCACACGUAGCGCGUCACAUUAUCAAAUACUGUAUACUUGGUCUGUUGAAGGAGAAGACACGCUUUGUGGUGACACGCAGCGUAUCAUUAUUCUAUCACGCACAUCAGAUACUCCAUAUCGAGGAUGGCAAGGUGACACAAAGCCAAUAUAUGUCCGAAAGUGUUGAUAUCCAUUUGGAUUUAGAUGAAGAAACCAUUGAUGAUAUAUACGAUUACACUCGUAGAUCUUCCAUCGAUUUGGAUGAACAAAACUCACCUGAUAAAAAGAGCGUUGACAGUAUUAUGCUGGAGGAGUCACGGGAGUAUGGAAAGAUCUCAUUGAAUGUACUCUCCUGCUACUGGCGAGCCAUUGGCACUCCCUUAGCUUGCACCACAUUAACUUUUGUUGUACUUAUGCAACUGACACGCAAUUUAUCUGAUGCAUGGCUGGCUCAUUGGGUGACCGACACUACGCUGGAUCCACAAAAUAAUGUAACAGGCUUGACGCAUAUCGUCAGUGUGCCACAUCAGCAAGACGUUGGCAAUCACACUGAACCAACACACAACACUAGCUAUUAUUUGGGCAUUUUUGCAUCGCUAGCGGCGCUUAAUUCGAUAUCAACAAUUGCACGUGCCUUCUUAUUUGCUUCUGCCGGCAUUAAAGCAGCCAAAUACAUACACGAUCGUCUGCUGCGUAAGGUGUUAUUCGCAAAAUUCAAUUUCUUCGACAUCACAUCAGUUGGUCGCAUAAUAAAUCGCUUCUCCUCGGACACAUACACAGUAGACGAUUCACUCCCCUUCAUAAUGAACAUCCUCUUGGCUCAGUUAUUAGGCUUAGCCGGCGCCCUUUGCAUAAGUUUAUACGCCAUGCCUUGGCUUGGUUUGAUCAUCAUACCGAUGGUACCCAUAUAUCUCAACCUGCAAUACCGAUACCGUUACGCUUCGCGCGACAUAAAGCGUCUUUCGAGCAAUGCACUAUCGCCACUGUACACUCAUUUCACCGAAACUCUACAAGGACUGGUCACAAUUCGCACAAUGCGUGCUAGUGCGCGCUUCCAGCGUGACUUCCAUGCCAAAUUGGAGGAGAGCAUAAAGGCGCAAUUGACAUCCACGGCAGCGCAGCAGUGGCUAAGUCUACGUCUUCAGCUGCUUGGGGUUUUUCUAGUAGCUGGCGCUGGUUUUCUUGCCGCCAUCACCUCGGCGCACGUCACAAAUCCCGGUCUAGUAGGUUUGGCUAUUUCGUAUGCGCUCUCCAUAACCGGUCUAUUGGGUGGAUUACUAAAUGCUGUUGCUGAAACGGAGCAAGAAUUUGUUGCGAUCGAACGUGUGAAUGAGUAUCUGCAGCUGGAGGGUGAAGAGAAUGCUGAAGGCACAUGUGAUCCACCAUUCGGUUGGCCUAGUCAGGGUGCGUUGAAAUUCCAGAACGUAGAAUUGCGCUAUCGCGACAAUUUGGCGCCCGCGUUGCACGACAUCAAUUUGCGUACGGAAGCAUUUGAGCGUGUCGGCAUUGUGGGUCGCACCGGCGCCGGUAAAACAACGCUGGUGGCGGCGUUGAUGCGAGUGGCGCCAUUGAGUCGUGGCGAGAUCACCUUGGAUUGUGUAAAUUUGAAAACGCUGGCGUUGAAGGUUUUGCGCGAACGUUUGGGCAUUAUACCGCAAGAGCCAUUCCUCUUCGAAGGCACCGUACGUGAAAAUCUCGAUCCACGUUGCAGUCACUAUGAUUCCGAAAUUUGGCAUGCGCUUGCCAGCUGCCACGCAGCUACACAGCUAGUACAAUCACUGGGCGGCUUGGACGGACGCAUUGAGAAGGGCGGCAUAAAUCUUUCAGCUGGUCAGCGACAGCUGAUGUGCCUGGCGCGUGGUCUACUUAAAAAUGCCAAAGUUGUUUGCAUCGAUGAGGGUACAUCCAAUUUGGACGACGAAUCGGCGAUCGCUAUGCAGCAAGCGCUGCGGAACUCGUUUAAGAGUUCGACUGUGCUGUUUAUAGCGCACCGAUUGCGCGGAUUACAGCUUAUGGACCGCAUUAUAGUAAUAGAGCAUGGUGAGAUCAAGGAAGAGGGCACACCGCAGGAUUUAGCGCAAAAUACGCAAUCACUUUUCCACGGUAUGCUGCAAGCACAGCAAAUAAAUGUAGAGGAGUUUUGUGCGAAUUAGUGCGCAGGAGUCGUUAUUGAUAGUGAUACAUGUGACAAUUUUUAAACACAAAAUGUUGUUGAAUAUUUAAAGAAUUUAUGCGGUACAACAAUAUUAUUAUAUUUUUAUUUUUAUGUAUGUUCCUGGAUACCUCCGCCAGGGCAAGCAUCUUGCCGUUGGUGCGGAGGCUUAGCUGAAUCAACAUCUGUUCUUCCCGAGACUGUGAAAAUUAUAGUUUUGGUUAAAAGAGAAAUUUCGGAUAAGCUUGAAAUCACCACAGCUACCUAAUAAUGUAUAAAAUUCUAUGAUAAAUA